UCGCCUCCCUUGGUGACGGAGCUUGCGCGCCGCUCGGCGAUGGCGGCGCCGUGCGCGGUGUGGCUCGGGGAUGUGGUGGAACGGGUGCCGUGCCCCUACGAUGCCCAUCAUCGCGUCCCGCCGGCAUCGCUGGAGAGGCACGCCGCGUCCUGCCGGCUCCGCAAGAUGGGCUACUCUGCCGAGGAGGAGGCCGAGAUGUACGACUCCAGCGUUUUCUACGAAAAGCUGAAGGUUCCCUCCGUCACCAUGGAUAAAGAUCUACAGUUUAGCAUUGUUAAACAAGCUAGAGCUCAAAGUGCCAGAGAAGGCACAGGGUACAGUGAAGGAUCUUACUCAUUACUGCCUGUAGAAGUUCCCCAAAAUCACAAGCGUUUCACCUGUGACCUGACUCAAGCUGAUCGCCUUGCUCUUUAUGAUUAUGUUGUUGAGGAAACAAAGAAACAGAGGUCUAGGUCCCAAAUAACGGAAAAUGACAGUGACCUCUUUGUGGAUUUAGCAGCAAAAAUCACCCAAGAUGAUAGUCAGAAAGGUCCCAAGUCCCAUCUUGAAAUUCUGGCUGAAAUGCGAGAUUACAAAAGGCGGCGGCAGUCAUACAGGGCUAAGAACGUUCAUAUAACAAAGAAGUCUUACACUGAGGUGAUUCGGGAUGUGAUUGGUGUGCAUAUGGAAGAACUUUGCAAUCAGUGGCAAGAGGAGAAUAGGUUGGAUAAUGCAGAUAUGUGUGAAGGCGGGAAGUCAAAAUCUUCAGGAAGGAAGGAAGACAGGCGGUCAGCUUCGGUGGACUCCCAGCAGUCUGGAGGAAGCUCCAAAGAUACUGAAUGCACCAGGCAUAGGAGAGAGAGCAGCAGGAGUCCAAGUAAACGAAGGAGGAGUCGUGAAAGAGGCAAAGACAGAGAUUCUCGGAGAAAAAGAGAGAGGGAUGAAGAAAAGUAUCACAACUAUAAAAGAAGAAAGUAGAAGCAAGAACCUGAUUGUUUUGUUUGUCAGCUGUUCAAAAAAUGACUUGCACAAGAACUACUGUUACUGCUGUUGUGCUGGGGACAGUAAUGCUGUGUACAUAUUGUUGGUGCUACAGCUGUGCUGGGAGACCGAAAGUGUGAAGGUUUGUCAGGAUGGAAGCUGUAUACAUCAGAAAAUGUGUAAUUUUUUCACUAAUGCAUCUCUUAAUAAAUUACAUUGAUCUCAUCUGA